UAUCGAUGAUAGCGGACGUCUCUACGGAGCGCCAAUCGGAUAUAAAGGAAGCGGUCAUCAGAUUUUACAAUGGCUUCGAGGAAAAUCGAUGCUUCGGCGAUGCCUCCAUUCAAAGUUGGAGGAGAUCCAAGGAACGAUUGGAUGAAAUGGAGGAAAGCUUUUGAUCGGUUUUUGCGAGCGAAUAAGAUUGAUAAUGACGAAGAGAAGUUUGAUCUGCUGCUGGUUCUCGGCGGUAUAGAACUGCAAGAGUAUUAUGACAAAAUAACCAAGUAUGAAGUGCAAAACGUUCUUGUGACUGGGGAAGUAGAAACGUUACAGUAUGAUUCGGUCGUCACCUCGUUGGAAAGGUAUUUUGCUCCACAAUUGAACAAGCGGUUUGAGAGACAUUUGUUCAGGGCGAUGAAGCAGGAGGAAAGCGAGCCGUUUCAUGAAUUUGUGUUCAGAUUGCAAGGUCAGGCAAAACGUAGCGAUUUCGUUGAUGUGGAUGAUAUGGUUAUUGAUCAAGUCGUAGAGGGUUGCAAGUCCACAGAACUACGAAAGAAACUCUUGACCGACGACUUGACCCUGAACGACAUCAUGACACUCGGAAAAACGAUAGAGGAGGUUCAAAAGCAAUCGAAACAAUAUGAAAGGCCUACACCGUCGGCAUAUGCACAGGCACCGCUGGUUCAACGCAUUGAAAAGCGACCGGAUAGAUAUCAAAAUACUGAGUCCCGCAGACGGUGCUACAAUUGCAAUCGCCCUGGUCACCUAGCCAAAGAAACAGAGAAAUGCGCAGCGAAGAACGCAACAUGCCAUGGCUGUGGAAGUCAAGGACACUUCAAGGUGUGUUGCCGAAAACGGAAGCGGGAGGACUCCCAACAGCGAACGGGACCGGCACCGAAGCGCAGUUCAGUUCAUGCUAUUCACGACGAAAAGGCUACAACGACAGGAGUCUUCACAAUCGACGAUGGAACUCAGCUGAAGGAAGUGUUGGAACUGGAAGUAGGUGGGAUUACCAUGAACCUGUUGGUGGACUCGGGAUCCCCAGCCAACAUUAUCAGCCGCAAAAGUUACGCGUGGCUGAAACAGCAGGGAGCGAGUAUUUUGAAUGAACGUCGUCCUCACGAAAACGAAACCAACUUGACAGCAUUUGCAUCGGAACGGAAAAUAUUCUUCAGCGAUGCGUUCGAAACAGAAAUCAAAGUGCCAGGGGAUGAAUCAGGAGUAUGGACCCAUGUCCUGGUAGCACCGGAUGGCCAAACAAACAUACUGAGCAAAGCUACAGCAUUCGCUUUGGGUGUGUUGAAAAUUGGCUACAAUAUUCACCACAUAUCCAGCACGACUGAACCUGUGGAGGAGUUCCCCAAGGUUCCGAACGUAUUGCUAAAAAUCCAAAUCGACGAAACAAUUCCGCCAGUUGUUCAAGUGGCCAGGCGACUUCCUAUGUCUAUGGAAGCGGACGUCGAAGAGGCGAUUCGAGAUCUACUGGACAAGAACAUAAUAGAACGCGCUGAGGGACCACUGACAUGGGUGUCGCCUCUGGUACCUAUCCGGAAGGUAGAUGGAAACAUACGGCUCUGUGUUGAUUUGCGAGCUGCAAAUCAGGCAGUGAAACGGGAGAAUUAUCCAAUGCCCAACAUCGAUGCCGCGAUGAUGUCAAUAACAAAGAUUGCAAGAUUAUCGAAGAUUGACUUAGAAGCAGCUUACUAUCAUUUCGAAUUGGAUGAAGACAGCCGUGGAAUAACAACCUUCGUAGCUCGUAGUGGGGUGUACAGGUUCCGCAGAUUAAUGUUCAGCAUUAAGUCUGCGCCGGAACUAUUUCAAAGAGAGAUGGAGAACUUGUUUCGAGGGAUUGAUGGGGUGAUCGUAUAUAUGGACGAUGUUUUAAUCCAUGGAGCCACCGAAAAAGAGCACGACACUACGCUGCAGCGGGUGCUCGAAAUUUUGAAAGACAGAAAUAUGCGCAUCAACGAACAGAAGUCAGUCUACUCGGCCACGGAAGUUGAAUUUCUGCGAUAUUGUGUCGCGGACAAGGGAAUUCGGCCGACCGAAGAGAGGGUAAAGGCGAUUCUUGGUUUACAAGCUCCAUCGUCGGUUACCGAGCUGAGAUCCCUACUGGGUCUUAUUAAUUUCGUUGGCCGGUUUGUUCCAAAUAUUUCGGCCCUAACUUUCAACAUGAGACAGCUACUCAUUAAAGACAGCUCUUUCCAAUGGAACGAAGCUCAUGAUGCCGAAUUGGAGAAGAUCAAAUCGAUCCUAGGGAAAGUCGAAUCUCUGGGAUAUUUUGAUCCGGCAGAUGACACCCAGCUUGUAACAGAUGCUAGUCCGUAUGGGCUAGGUGCCAUAUUGAUACAAAUCAAAGAUGGAGUACCCAGGACAAUUUCUUGUAUCUCUAGGAGUCUGGCAGUACACGAAAAGAAGUAUUGCCAAACCGAAAAAGAGUGUUUGGCGAUAAUCUGGGCAAUGGAAAAGCUAUUCGUGUAUCUUUAUGGUAUCAAAUUUACUUUGAUCACUGAUUGCAAGCCUCUUGAGUACCUGUUCAACAGAGUACAAUCAAAACCAUCCGCUCGUAUUGAACGGUGGAUUUUGCGGCUGCAAAGCUACGACUUUGUAGUACGAUAUGAACCAGGCAAAAACAACAUGGCAGAUCCAUUGUCAAGGAUGUCUCAGGGCGAAGAAGAAAUUGUAGGAGAAAUUGAUACGGUUGCGUGGCUCGCACAAGAAAUAAAACCAUGUGCUCUUUCCAUCGAAGAGAUCGAAUCAGAAACCAAACGCGAUGAUAUACUCCAAGCUGUAAAGGAGGCCAUUUUAUUCGGUCAUUGGGACGCGGUUCCGGUCGAGUUCAGGACGGCUACAAUAAAAGACGAUUUAACUACCUACGGUGAGCUUAUUCUACGAGGUGAUCGGAUCGUUAUUCCGAAAGAGUUACAGAAUAGGGUUGUUGAGCUUGCCCAUUCCGCUCACCAAGGUAGCACGGCUAUGAAAGCUCAGCUAAGAGCAAAAGUGUGGUUUCCGUCAAUGGAUAAGGCUGUUGAGAACUUGGUUCGUGGAUGCAAACCUUGUAAAAUGACAGGAGUUCCGGACAAUCCAAACCCGAUGGCGCGCCGUAUACCAUCGGAGCCCUGGCAGGACAUUGCCAUUGAUUUCAAGGAAGGACUACUAGGCGGCCUCUCCUUGCUGGUCGUGGUAUGCUAUACUACAAGAUUCAUUCAGGUGGAACCUAUGAAACCAGCAACGGCGCAGAGAGUAAUAACAGCAUUGCUGCGGAUGUUCAGCGUUCUCGGCAUUCCGAGAUCCAUAACUGCAGACAACGGUCCGCAAUUCAGGGCAGAUGAAUUUUCUCGUUUCUGUGUUUGCUAUGGUAUACAUCUGAACUUGUCAACGCCAUACUGGCCUGAACAAAAUGGCGCGGUUGAGCGCCAGAUGCGCAACAUAGGUAAAAGACUGAAAAUCAGUGAAAUUCAAGAGACUGAUUGGCAAACGGACUUGUACGAAUAUCUAACGAUGUAUCACGCCACUCCUCAGGAAACUACUGGAGUUUCACCAGGAAAAAUGAUGCUGGGUCGCGAAAUCAGGACACGCGUACCGUCGAUUCGUACGCCUCACGGUUUGCUAUGGGAGGAGGCUCGGGAUAGAGACAUGGGAAAGAAGGAAUACCAUAAGCAAAUAGCAGAUGCUCAACGUCAUGCGAAAGACCAUACACUGGUUAGAGGAGACACGGUCUUAAUGCGCAACUUGAAUCCGGGAGCACGAGACUCUACAUUUAAAGGGGAGGAAUUCGAAGUCGUCGAUGUGAAUGGGAAUGCAGUGCAGGUGCGAUCCACUGAAUCGGAUAAAGUCUAUUUGCGAAACAGUGCUCAUCUAAAGAAACUCGACAGGGUCCAAGCAGAGAAAACCGAUGAACAAAGAGCAACGGAUGAACAGGUUGAAGAAUACACAUCAACGGAGCAUCGAGAGACAACUUCGACUGAAGUUGUGAAGGAACACAUCUCCAAGGAGCAACUCGGCCACGGAUCUAGCCAGCGUACGCGUAAACGACCAGUAAAGUUCCGUGACUAUGUCGUAGACGAUUAAGAAACUCUGUAUGAUAAAUGAGUGUUUGAAAAGUGGAAUAAAGUCACAUUUGACAGUAUACAAGGUCUUAAAAAAAGGGAGAGAUGUAACGAUGUACUAAAUGUACUACGGUAUGAAAGAGUUAUUAUAUAAUGUCACAGGCCACUCAAGGGUUACUGAAUAAUAUCGCCCACUUCUAUAUUAUUGGGAACGUGAGAAUGCCGUAUGUGUAUGUGUGUGUAAUGGGUUAAACCUCGGGUUCCAACAGUACAGCGAGACAAAGGAAAGGGGAUUCGUUUGUAGACUAUCGAUGAUAGCGGACGUCUCUACGGAGCGCCAAUCGGAUAUAAAGGAAGCGGUCAUCAGAUUUU